AUGAACCUCCUCUCCUUCUGCACCCUAUCCCUCGCCGCGGCGAGCUCCGUCCUAGCAUCCACAACAACCGACGUCGCCCCCGUCGAGCUUUCCUCUCUGGCCAACGACUGUAGCCCCGAAGUCUACACAGACGCCGGUACAAUGGAAGCAAUCCGCAACACCCUAGCAAUCUACCCCUUCGCCAUCGAUGGCAAAAACUUCGACGCGCUCAGCAAAGUCUUCACCACCGACGCGGUAGCAAACUACUCCGCACCCCUCAACAUAUUAACCCCGCUAUCAUCGAUUCAAUCCGUGCUAGAGACUAGCCUGGCAUGUGUGACUACACAGCAUCUUUUCGGUACACAAUGGAUUGAUGUCGUGUCUCCUGUCACCGCUAAGUCGGUGACGUAUUUCCGGGCUGCGCAUUUUGGGAAGGGAGAGACGGAGGGGCAGGUGCUUUAUGCGUAUGGUCAAUAUCAGGAUAAUUGGGCGCGUCAGGCGAGUGGUACUUGGCGUAUUGUUCAUCGGAAUUUGGUUUAUAUGGGCCCGCAAAUUGGUAACAUUUCGGUCUUCUCGUGUUGA